GGGACAGACCAUAGGGGAAGGACAGAAUAACCCGGGGAAAAUCUUCGGAGUGUCGGUAUCUGUCUGUAUUGGGAAAUGUAGCGAAUUGUCCUCACUGGGGGCAGCAAGUGGCAACGGGGUGUCAUUCACUUGUUUCGCUUUUUUUUAACUGUAAACAAAUCGAAGUGUGUUAUCUUUUCAAUGGGCCGUGAAGACGCGCAGAGGUUAAUUGUGUGUUACAAUCCCUUUCCAUUUUACCGAUCACAUAGACAGCUCUUGGUCAUGUCAAGUUGAUCUUCCUGCAGCAGAUUGUAGUGUUCGUUCCAGGAAGUACUCCUGCUCUAAAUCUAAAAGCUAUGGAAUAAUAAAUCUCUUCCUCAUUUCAAGGAUAUUUUAAUCCGCCGUUUGUGUCGUUUGAAAAUGUCUCUUAUUGAUGACCUUGAUAAUGAGUUGCUGCAGUUGCUGUUUCGGCAGCAGUCUGGAUCACCUCCAGAUGAGGAGUUUGGUGAUGGGACCAAUUUCAUGAUGGACUGGGGACUGGGUGAGCAUGAUAUACUAAAUGACCAUGACACUGAAGAUUUCUUCAACUCCAUCAUCGGUUCUUUUGAGGAUGAGGCCAAUACAAUAUCCUGGUCUCCAUUAGAUAGUGACAGUGGAAUAUCAGAAGACAACAAUAACAAUUGCACUCACGAAGAUAGUCCGUCAAGCAGUGAUGUUCCACUGACUGAUAGCCCGUCAUUUUCUGAAGUUGUACAUUCUGACCAUAACUAUUCACUCCAUCAGGACUCUCAGACUGAAGUCAAUUGUUUGCUUAGCGUAAGGACUGAGAAUCCUUCAACGGAAACUGACAUCUCAAUUGAUUUAGAAGAAUGGGAACCUGAUUUUGUGAUCGAAAACCCGCAAGUUAUUCCUGUGGAAGAAAGACCUGGUCUGGUAACUCUCACCAUUGAAGAUCUGCAACAAAACCACAAAACAAAUCAACAUUGCUUUGAAAAUCUGGUUUUGACAGAUGAAGAAAAAAGACUUUUAGCCAAGGAUGGUUUGGAGUUACCAACACACCUUCCCCUCACAAAGUCUGAAGAACGAGCACUGAAAAGAAUCCGCAGAAAGAUCAGAAACAAACAAUCUGCUCAGGAGAGUCGCAAAAAGAAAAAGAAUUACAUCGAUGGCUUGGAGAGUCGAGUUGUAGCAUGCACCGUUCAAAAUCAGGAGCUGCAGAGGAAAGUGCAGCAUCUUGAAAGCCAAAAUAUGUCACUAAUAGAACAGCUAAGGAAGCUGCAAGCAUUGGUUAAGCAAACCACAACCAAAAGUGCUAACAUCAGCACAUGCAUAAUGGUGUUCCUGUUGUCUUUUACACUUAUCAUUUUUCCAAGUAUCAACCCUUUUGGUACAAAGCUGGGGUCCCAGGAUGAGUCGUAUAGUGUUCUUUCCAGGACUUUACUUGAUAGUGAAUCAUCUCACAUACGCGUGGUACCAAAAGUCUACAAUCCAGAUGCUAACCCCGACAUAACAGAAAAGAAUCCAGACUUAGACAGGGAAAUUCCUCAAACAUUAUUGUCAGGAAGUCAGAAUAGCACACCUGAAGCUUCUGACUUGGCCAUCAAAUCAACACUGAACAUCAAUUCCUCUUCAGACCUGGAUAGAAUAGUGAAGCCUGCUGUCCAAGAUGACACAAGCCUGGGCAGGGCAGCAUCAGGAAAUGAUAAAGGUGGUGGCUAUGGCAUCUCUCCUUCAGCGGUGAACACGCCAAACUGGACAGAGCACACUGCAACAGUAAUCAUAAAAGCACAUCCACGGUCAGAUGAAAUGUAGCAGAGUGUUUCCUGUCAAUGAGUUAUGAAUUGUACAUAAUUUGUUUUUGAAAUGGAGGAGUAAAAUGAACGUAUGUUUUUCAUGUAGAUACCGUGGAAGUUUGUUCUUUGAAUUACUUAAUAAGGAAAAGAAACUCAGCAUCAUUUACAGGAAUGGGUUGGCAUUUUUUUUAUAUUUCUUAUAAAUUACAUUGUCUCAUUAGUGUGAUAAAGUGGCAGUUACCAAAAUCCUGUUUUGUAGCCAGUAUAAAUGAUUAAAUACUGCAGUAUCAUGUUAUGGGUUCAUAAGUUUGUCUAACCUUUAUUUAGAAACAUCGUUCUAUAUUUUGAACAUGUGUUUCCUGUUUCCUCUGAGAAGUAGCCUCUCCAGUUUCUGUGCUGCUGAUUCAUCAUGUAUUACUCCAUUUGAAAUGCAGCACAUAUUAAAAUGUUUCUUCGCCAUUAGAUUGUGCAGCUGCAUUUGUGGUUGUUUGAAGGGAUCAACUCCUUUCUCUGUAAAUCUGUCAACUGCAGUUCCCUUUGCCCAUUUGCAUUAUAUUGUUACAGCUUAAUAUACCUCUUCCUUUGUAAGAAUGUUCUUUCUAACGUAUGCAUUUCCUGUUCAUUAUCUGGCUAUCUGUUCCUGACUUAUUUUUAACUAAGCCUCUUGCAAUCAUUCAUAGAGAGUAUUAGAGUUUAUCAAGGCAUAGCUGGUCUUUGUACUUCUUCUGCUGGCAUCAAACAUAUAUGGCUCAAAUUGAUCACGAAGUGCAGCAUAACAAUCUAAAUUUCUGUCUCUUGCCCAGUUUGUUUACCAGCACCUCCUUGUUUCUGUUAAUCUUGUCUUAUGUUGUAAAACAGUCUAGCAUAUGACUGGAUGGCUUAUCACAAGUUUAGUAUGUGAUUAUGAAAUAUGACAUUUGGACAACUGCCUACUAGAAACGGAAGUAAGUCAUUCAGCCCCUUAAGUCUGUUGUCCAAUUCAGGUAAAUCUUGGCUGAUCUGUGUGCUAACUGCAUUUACUCACUUUCGCCUGACCGAACCAAACCCGAUCAAUUUAAAGUUUUGAAAUUCCUAAUUAAUAAUACUUCAACAGUUUUUUAGGGAAGAGGGCUCCAGAUUUUAUCUACCCAUUAUUUAAAGCAGACUCUGAAUCUGAUAAUUAUGUUAAGGGUUUGAUGGGUUACUCGUAAUUUCAAAACAUUUUGAAGUUAAUAUUUUGAGGCAGCAGAGCCCAUGCUGGUCUUUCAAUCAAAAUUCUUUGUUUUGUUUGCCUUUAACUUUUCAUUGCUAUCAACUCUGCUUGACGUUCCACAUCACUGGAGUUGCUUGUAAAUCUCUGAUCGGUUCAGUCUACAAGUAGCUUCAUCAUUCAACUAUUAAUGAUGAAGAAGGGCUAUCCAAGAUAAUACUUCUAGGUUUAUAGAAAUAUAAAGUUUGCUGCCUUUAGAGAUAAUUUUAUGCCAUUCAGGUUACAAGGCAUCUGCAAUGCUACAUGCUGCAACAUGCUAUCAAUGUUUGUUAGAUUAAAUUGCUGUACCGCAUUAAACUUCAUAGUGAAGGAACUAAUUAUCCUAUUAAUGUUUCUCAGCCUUUAGGAAUUCAAUUUGAAGUCAGAGAUUUUAAUGUUCAGCACACUCUAUUUUUCAGUAUUUCUGAGACUUUCUCAGGCAAUAUGUUGUAUUGUCUGCUUUAUCUUUUUAUGUAAGAUAGUAUGGAUUUGAGAUUUUGUUUGAUUUGAGAUUUUCAUCUACUUCUGAAUGAUGCUUUAACCCCUCUCUGUACUGGUUUAUGGAUAUGUUAUCUUCCUGCAGGAUGUUCAUUUCCAUUACACUGAGCUGACCAUUUCAUUUUGUACUUUAAGACUUGCACACUUCUAGUGGCAGGCCAGAUUACUUCCUCUGGGCUCACAACCUGAUUUCCCAACCCCCAUCUCUCACCAACAUGUUUUUCGAUCUCUAUGUCCUGUAAUCAAGCUGUUCAUCACCAAACCACAGUCCAAUGUCAUUAACUUCCCAUCUCUUUUUUUCCUGUUGCUUUUCCUUCCCCUCUCACAGCCCCUAAAGAAGCCAGACUUUAACAUUUUAGUUUUUAUUCAUUUACAGAUGAGGGUGUCACUGGCUUGGCCAGCAUUUAUUGCCCAUCUCUAAUUACUCAGAAGGCAGUUGAGAGUUAACCACAUUGUUGUGGGUCUGGAGUCGCAUGUAGGGCAGACCAGGUGAGGAUUGCAGUCUCCAUUCCUGAAGAUGAAUUUUCCUUGACAAUCUUGGUCACUAUUACAUUUUUUAAAAUUUUGGGUAUUUAGUGAAUUCAAAUUCCACCGUCUGCCAUGAACAUUCUCUGGGUGUCCACGUUAAUGGUCUUAGCGAUAAGUGCACAAGGCCAUUGCCUUUCCUCAAACAUCAACAUCCACUUGAACUAUUGCCCUGUCUUCCUGUUUGAUUGUGAAGGCCCGUGGGAUGUUUUGUUAAAGGCACCAUAUAAAUGCUUUUUCUUUUCUUUUAUUCUUUUAGCUGCUAUCAAAGUGGCUCCACUUUUUUUAUAAUCUGAUCAAUCUGUGGCCCUAAAUCAAAAGCGAGAAAUGGUUCAGUUUGCAAUUUAUUCUGUUUUACAGAAGGGUGGGUGUAAGCAUAUAGGAAAUAAACAUCAUAAAAUUUGAUUUUAUGCUUGCUGGCAACAAUGUAAAUAUAUUGUGUAUCUGUAAAUAACUAUUAAAAGUAAAAGGUACUGUUUGGAAGUACAGUUAGUUCAAAGCAUACAGUGAAUUGCAUAAGUUGAAAAUUUAAAACAAAAGCUAUUACAGCCAUGUUUAUUCUUAUGAUCUGCUAUAAUAAUCUUGGUUGGAAUAUCUGAAACUUGUUUUGGAACUGUUUAAUAUUUUACACACACUUUUUCCUUCAGUUGAGCUAUCAUUAUCUAUAACUAUGCAUGUUACCAUUCCCUACUCCAUCAUACUAGAUAAUACAUAGCAUUAAAUUGCUUUAAAAACUAUGUAACAAUAAUCAUUAAUUUCUUUAAAGCCAAUGAGUGAAAGGCAGUACUUGUUAUUUUCAACUUUUCGCACUAGUUUAUUUGUUCAAAGCUCUAAUGUAACUGCAGGAACAGUUUCGGGAAUAUUGUAGUCAUAUCGCACUGAAUGUCUUUUCUAUGAUUGCAUUAAUUCCUGCCUGAUGCUUUUGUUCAGCUGCCUGAAUAUGCUGGAAUUUUAGAAUAUAUCUGCAUUGUU